AUAUAUAUAGCUGUCGAUCGAUCUCUGUGUUCUCUACCGACUUGCUCUAGCUAGCUAGAGGAACAAGAGAUUAGUUUAGUAAUCAUCGCGCUGCAGAGCUAGCAGCUUGCUACGUCUCUCUAGAGUGCAUUGCUAGCAAGCGAUCGAUCUGCAACGAUGAAGGAGGAUGAGGACCUGGAAGCGACGCUGCUGGCCGAGGGCGAACCGGCGGCGGCGGACACCGCCGGGAGCACGUACGCGCUCGUCUGCGCCCUCCUCGCCUCCCUCACCUCCAUCAUCUACGGCUACAAUCGCGGGGUGAUGAGCGGGGCGCAGAAGUUCGUGCAGGACGACCUCGGCGUCAGCGACAGGCAGCUGGAGGUGCUCAUCGGCGCCACCAGCGUCUACUCCCUCGUCGGCUCGCUGGCGGCGGGGUGGGCGUGUGACCGCGCCGGCCGGCGCCGCACCGUCGCGCUCUCCGCGGUCAUGUUCCUCGUGGGCUCCGCGCUCACCGCCGCCGCCAACGGGUACGCAGCCCUCAUGGCCGGGCAGCUUGUCGCCGGCGUCGCGUGCGGGUUCGGCCUCGUCGUCGCGCCGGUUUACAUCUCCGAGAUCGCGCCGGCGUCCUCCCGCGGGUUCCUCUCCUCCAUCCCCGAGAUCGCCGGCAACUCGGGCAUCCUGCUCAGCUACAUCGCCGACUUCGCGUUGGCCGGCAUCCCCAAGACGCUCAACUGGCGCCUCAUGAUCGGCAUCGGUGCCGUCCCGCCGCUCUUCCUCGCGGCUGCCGCCAUGCUGGUCAUGCCGGAGACCCCGCGCUGGCUCGUCCUCCACGGCCACCCCGACGAUGCGCGCCGCGUGCUCGCGCGCACCGCGGGCGACGCCGACCGCCGGCUCCAGGAGAUCGUGACCUCCGUCCAGGAGGCCACGAAGCAGGCCGGCUCCGGCGCGUCGUCGACGAGCGUGUGGCGCGAGAUCCUUAUCCGGCCGACUCCGGCCGUCCGGCGCGUGAUGCUCGCCAUCCUGGGGUUGCAGUUCUUCCAGCAGGCGUGCGGCGUGGCGGCGCUGGUGUUGUACGCGCCGCGGGUGUUCAGCCACGUCGGCAUCACCUCCGAGCGCGCGGUGCUGGGCGCCACCGUUCUCCUCGGCGCCGCCAAGACGGUCUCCAUCGUCGUCCCCCUCUUCCUCGCCGACAGCCUCGGCCGCCGCCCCAUGCUGCUCGCCAGCGCGGGGGGAAUGGCCACGUCGCUCCUGGUCCUCGGCCUCUCGGUGCGCGCGCCCACUGCCGCCACCACGUGGUGGGCGGCCGCGACGUGCGUGGCGGCGGCGGCGGUGUUCAUGGCGACGUUCUCGCUGGGGUUCGGGCCGGUGAUCUGGAUGUACGGGUCGGAGAUCCUGCCGCUGCGGCUUCGCGCGCAGGGCACCGGCGUGGGGACGGCGGUGAACCGGGUGAUGAGCGCGGCGGUGGGGAUGACGUUCAUCUCACUGUACGAGGCGGUGGGCAUGGCCGGAAGCUUCUACAUCUUCGCGGCGUGCGCAGCGGCGGCGUGGGUGUUCGUCUACGCGUGCCUGCCGGAGACCAAGGGGAGAAGCCUCGAGGAGAUGGAGGCGCUCUUCGAUGCCGGCGCCGCGCCCUCGUCACCGGCGUCGACGUCGUGACCGAGCCAUCGAGUGCGGGCACAUGCAUGCGUGGACGCGGGGGAAGAGGGAACGUAAGAUGCCAGGGGCGUAGGACUAAUCACAGUCAAUCAGACUGCUCUAAGGAGGAGGUUGUACAACGUAUACAAAAAUAUAUUGUUAACGUGUAAUUUAAAUUUUGAUUGGAAGGGUUAAUUCUCGGUUACACGGCAGCGCAUAUGCUAUACGCUGCUCCUCGUAGAGAGCCCAUUUAUAAAUUGUUUGGAUUUUUUCAAAUUCAUAGUUGGGCCUGUUUAGA